UACAGUGAACCCCGAAUUCCAAAACGGUGAGUGAUGAAUAAGCAAAAAUAACCACAUUUUCCGUGUGUACCCCGCAUAUUUAAUUAAAUUCUUAUUUAAAUAGACCGUUAACGGUUGCGGCUUCUCUUAAUAUUUGACCACUCAUUAGUAAACGACUUUUUGCCUCUUUUACCACACCGUCGUUUCGCGCUCGCAGUUCCUCUUCCGCUCCAGCCCGUGUGACCGCCCCUUAAUUAACAUAGUGACAAUGUGAAAGCGCCCUCACACCUAGGGAAUUUCAUCCCGCUCCGCUAUCCCCCGAAAAUCAAUUGUCAAUCGAUGACGCAAACGUCAACAACAAUCUUUAUGGUCAACUAUGCGAUAAAAAAGCUGUAAAACAUGACGAGGCGGUGUUAGAAGGUGGCAAGCAGGAAACGGAAGUAGUAACCCUAUUAAACCGUUCCCGUUUAAUAAAACUCCCAUAAAAUGUGAACCAGUGAAAAACCGCGACAAAACAACCUCGUCAACAUGUUGCCAUGAGCAUAACCUGUCAAAAUGUUGGGCAAACGACAAAAAUUGAAAUACGAAGCGGUGGAAAGUGACGACGAGCCGUCGGACUUCGAGGAGAAGAAACGCGCCUUCUGCAACGGCCCCUGCUUCUGGUCGAGUCUGUUCACGAGUCUGUUGAUCGGGACGUACUAUGUACCUUCCAUAUGUUUGACUUUUUAUCAGCGAUGGCUGUUCCAGAGUUUUCAUUUUCCGUUGAUCACCGUUCUGAUACAUAUGGUCGUGAAGUUCCUCCUUGCCACUCUAAUUCGGACUGUGAUUGAACGCAAACAAGGUAAGCAGCGGAUUUUGUUGGAAUGGAAGGACUACCUUAUGGCGGUCGCACCCAUGGGGGUGUUCAGCGGCCUCGACAUUGGUUUCUCUAAUUGGGGACUUGAACUAAUCCAAGUCUCUUUGUACACAAUGACAAAAUCAACAACCGUUGUGUUUAUUUUAGGGUUUUCGAUGCUCUUCAAACUUGAGAAAAAGUCUUGGAGUUUAGCUUUUAUAGUCGGGAUGAUCACCAUUGGAUUAAUUUUGUUUACUUAUAAGGCGACGCAAUUCGACGUGCUGGGGUUCACGUUGCUAAUAAUAGCGUCAAUGUCUAGCGGAAUUAGGUGGACUUGUGUCCAGUUGUUGCUGCAGAAGUCCAAAAUGGGUAUGAAGAGUCCCAUUGACAUGAUUUUCCACAUGCAACCGUGGAUGAUUCUUUCUGUACUGCCAUUUGCUAUCUGGAUGGAGGGUCCAACUGUAAUAAAAAAUUGUCAAUUAAUCAGAACUACUGACACCACAGUAAUUUUCAAUACAGUUUUUAAAGUGCUGCUUGGGGCUUUCAUUGCGUUUUUUAUGGAAGUUUGUGAAGUAUUAGUUGUAGGGUACACUUCUAGCUUGACGUUGUCCAUAGCUGGAAUAGUUAAGGAGGUGUUUAUUCUAGUCUUAGCUGUAGAAUGGAACGGGGACCAAUUAUCACCCAUAAAUGUCAUAGGCUUGCUUAUUUGCCUUUCAGGGAUCACUUGCCACGUUUUACACAAGUUGCGCAACUCCUCGAAAAUGGUGGGGAGGGUGUACGAAGUUCAAAGCGAGCGACGCGAGCUGGGUGAGCAUUUAAUUAUAAACGAGGACAACCACUAUGACUUGUCAAGUGAAAACGACGAAAAAAGUGAUACACAGAUAUUGUUUGACAUUUUGCGUAGUCGCGACAGGUAGUCGUUAGGACUACUGGUUGACUGAAUUUUGAUGACUGUUAGACUUAAGUACUUAAAUUGUAUUAAAUGUAAGAAAUACGGACCAUAAGUGCAUUUAUGAAGUCCCGCUGCGUUUUAAACGUUUUUGUGCUUUGAGUAUUUCAUUAACGUGUGGAUAUUAUGUAUUGUAUUGAAGCUAACACUAGCAAAACCGGAUCGCUUUGUGUAACUAACGUAGAAAAAAUGGUGUGUGCAGCUUUCGGAAAAAGUGAGCACUUUUAUGUUAUGUAGGUUGACCAUGUUGGAAUUGCAAUCGCAAGGUUUUUUCAUAAAAAAUAACAACCGCAAAAAACCUUAAUAAUAGUUGUCCAGAACCGUGUUUGUAGGCCAAGUUUUACCGGUCGUUCUCAAAAGUUUUACCCUCAGUUCGUGCUUGUUUCAUUUAUUAUUAUUAUUAUUGAAUAAUUUGUAAUUUAAAUUUAAAAUUACAAGAGUUUUAUUGUUACUAA